GGCCUCCCCGGGCUCCUUAGAAAGGGCUGCGGGCGUGGGAGGCGCCAAGGGCAGGAGGCAGCGCGCCCGACCGCGCUCCCGUCCCGUCCCGUCCCGUCCCGCUCGGCAGGCACGGCCGGCGGCGGCGGCAGGAGGGCGGCGGCGAUGCGGCGGGCGGGCGGCCCCCCGGGGGUCCGGGGCUCGGCGCUGCUGGCCCUGGCGCUGGCGCUGGCGGGGUCCCCCGGCGGCGGGCAGCACUACGACUACUACGGCUGGCAGCCCGAGAGCCUGCCCCACGGGCGCUUCUACGGGCGGGAGCCGCAGUGCCUCGACAUCCCGCCCGACAUGCAGCUCUGUCGCGACGUGGGCUACAAGCGCAUGCGGCUGCCCAACCUGCUGGAGCAUGAGACCAUGGCCGAGGCCAAGCAGCAGGCCAGCAGCUGGGUGCCCCUGCUCGCCAAGCAGUGCCACACCGACACCCAGCUCUUCCUCUGCUCCCUCUUCGCCCCCGUCUGCCUCGACCGGCCCGUCUACCCCUGCCGCUCCCUCUGCGAGGUGGUGCGUGACUCCUGCGCCCCCGUCAUGGAGUCCUACGGCUUCCCCUGGCCCGAGAUGCUGCACUGUGGCAAGUUUCCCUCUGACCACGAGCUCUGCAUUGCCGUCCAGUUCGGGAACAGUAAGGUCACCCCACCGCCAGUGUCCAAGAUCUGCACCCAGUGCGAGAUGGAGCACAAGGCGGAUGGCAUGAUGGAGCAGAUGUGCUCCAGUGACUUUGUGGUGAAGAUGCGCAUCAAGGAGAUGACAGAGGAGAACGGGGAGCGGCGGCUGGUGGCUGCCCAGAAGAAGAAGGUGCUGAAGCUGGGCCCGCUCAAGCGCAAGGACACCAAGAAGAUGGUGCUGCACAUGAGGAACGCGGGCACCUGCCCCUGCCCCCAGCUCGACAGCCUCAGCGGCAGCUUCCUGGUGAUGGGCCGCAAGGUGGGCGGCCGCCUGCUCCUCCUCGCAGUCUACCCCUGGCAGAAGCACAACAAGGAGAUGAAGUUCGCCGUCAAGUUCAUGUUCUCCUACCCCUGCCCCCUCUACCACCCCCUGCUCUAUGGGGCUGGGCAGCACUAGGGCUCUGCCCACCCUGCCCUGGGACUCCUGCACUGGCCUGAUGCUGCACCCCAACACCCUGGCUGCAUCCCUGGUUGCACCCCAGGACCCCAGCUCUGCUCCCCUCAGCCCCUUGACUGCCCCAGGACCCUGCUCUGCACCCCCAGGAUUCCCAGCUGCAUUCGUGGGAGCCUUGAUCCACAGUCAGGACCCCUGCCUUGGCCUGGGACCCCUGUUACCCUCUCAGGAUCCCUGCCCACACCCAGGAGCUUAGUCUGCACCCAGGACCCUUGCUCUGCAUGCUUAUGAGCCCUGGUCUGCACCAGAGACACUUGGCUACCCUCAAGCCCUCUGCCCAGCACCCCAGGGACCCUUGCAUGCACUUAGAAUUCCUGCUUGACUUUCUUGGGACCCCUUGGCUGCACCUGAGACCCCUGCCCAGCUCCCUGAUGACAUGCCCCAGACCCUUAGCUCCCUCAAAUCCCUACUCCAGCCCACCAAAGCAUCCCAUGCCCUCACCCCAGCCCUGGAUUAUCCCACUUUCACAGGGAUCCACCCCAGACGAAGCAGGUCUCUCCUGCCCCACUGUCUUCACAGACGGGUCCCCGCAAGACCAAGUGCCCAGAGCAGCCUGGCCCCUGCCUGGGCACCCCCACCCUUCCCAUCCCAAAUGCCCUGCUGCAUCCCUUACACACACACCCCCGCCACCAGGACUCAGCCCAGGCACCCCUUUCCCAUCCACACCGCAGUAAAUUAU